AUGCUUUUUGGAACCAAACCCUGUAAAGGUAAUUUUUCCUCUGAUUCUCUCUAGAAAUUCUCUGCUUCAUAAAUAACAAUUUUAUUUUCGUGAUUUUGAUAUUUCGUUUCUUUCAUAUGAGAAAAAAUUAGAUUUCGUUUAGGAAGUGUUAAAUAAAAACUCAACAAACAACACAAUGGCCAGUAAGUUUCGAAUCUAAAGAAGAAAAACAAAGAACUUUUUUUGUCUUAUGAAAAUUUCACGUGGUGUUUUUCAGGAAACGCAAAAUCGAAUGCUCAAAAGGAAACAUCGUCAACCAAGGCGACGACCGCAAAUGCGCCAGUGAACAACCACAACGAAAAAGGCGCCAAGAAAACGCCAACACACGCGAGAAAAUCGGCAGCGAGACAAGAAGAAAACAGAUCGAAUCAACAACGAGGAUUCUUCAGUAGAGGUGAAUUUAGGCUAACUAACAGAGAAUGAUGUGGUCACGGUCUUGUACAAAGUAGAUUUAGAGAGAGAGAGAGGCAAAACCUUCGAGAAUAAUCCGAAAAAAACGCUCCGAAAAAUUUUCAAUUCAAAAAUAUUUGUUUACCACUCUUGGGUCUCGAAGUGAAAAGGCGGAUGUUCUAGAUUUCUUUCGCUCACUGUAGCAUUGUAGCCCCUAGGGAUCUAUUUUGGGGUGGAGCCUGUUUGUUAUCAAUUUAUUUAUUCUUUGCUCAAUCACAAUUAGGCUGACGUGUCCUUACUAUUAAAUUUGAUAAUAAAAUAAAAAUAAACAAUUAUCUGUUUAUUUUCAAAGUUCUAGAAAUAUUCCUAAAAUGUCCAAAGGUUAUUGUUUUCCACAAAUUUCCCCAAGCCUCUCCUAAAUUAUAUUCAAAUUUCCAGUUAUUCGCGCGAUUUUCCUUCUCGCCUAUUAUUCUGCGUUCGCCGUUUUGGGUGCUGCAACAGUUUCCAUUUUAUUCAACUGCAGUUCUGGAGGAACCGAAAUUGCUGGAUCCAAGCCACUUUGCGCUGAUCUCACCAAAUUGUCCCAAUUCCAAAAAACCAUCUCCUCGAUUCUUCAACAAUGUUGUUAAUACUUAUGGCGUUGUUUUGAGAGGAUACAGGUUGGUUUUUUUUUCGAAAUAUAUUUACCAUAAGUUUUGUUUGUUGCAGAAGACAGGCGAAUUCAGUGAUCAACCCAGUUUCGAAAACUAUUCAAGCUCAAUGGAAAGAAUUCGGAAAAUCCAAGUUUGGAGCUCAUGUUCAACAAUAUGUCUACAAAGUUCACGCUUUUGUUGCCGAAAAACUUAUCAUUGCUCAAACUUUUGUUUCGAAGAAGAUUAAUGAAGUUAUCACUUGGUAUAACAAUGGAGGAGAUAAACAAGUUGCUGAGAUUUUGGAACCAGUCAAAACUGUUCUUUUGAUUAUCGUUGAAGUUGUUCGGGAUGUUGCUCUUCAUGUUUACGGUUAGCUUUUUUAAAUUUUAUUUCGAGUCUUUUUUUCAAACAUAAUUAUUCUCAGAAGGUAUUGUUUAUGUUGCUGGACGUGCUCAACAAUUCGUUCAUAUUUGGUUGGAGAAAGGAUUCCAAGCUGCGCUCAAAACAUUGAACUAG